UUGAGUUGAUAUUCUUUCAUUAUCAAGAGUGUUAUACUGAAAUUCGCUCCUUGGAAAUGUGUCGUAUAUACAGUAUAACGGUUUAAAAUUUAAAAAAAGUGCUGUUCAUAUUGCAGCAGUAAUGCUCCAAGAACAGUUGGAAAAAUACCUCUACAUUUGCUUGUAUAUUCAUGCAUGUCAAGAAGCUUCGAAAUGUGAACAAAAUGCCGACGAGAAUGGAAAAAUAUAUUGUAGCAAUGACAACAUCGUUGAUUCUGAAUGUGCAUUUGCAUGUGCGCCUUAUCAUUCGUUAGUUGGAUCAAGUAACAUCAAAUGUUUACAAACGUCAUCUGGAUUGAAAUGGUCGAAUUCAACUGUGGUUUUAUGCAAAGUCAAUCGUUGCAAACCAGAGAUCGACAUGCAUGUUCCGGGCAAAUUCGUGACUUGUUCAAGAACAGAUGAAGUCACUUCUGUAUGUCAUUUUAAAUGUUUAAAACCAGGGUACACGGUAUCCCCCACUAGAACAAUCAGAUGCUUACCGAACCAACAAUGGAGCGGGAAAAUUCCAUGUUGUGGUCGUUCUUGCAAUCUGUUCUCAAUUACGGAUAUUUAUAUAGUUUUGGAAUCUUCUGAAUACAUUGGAGUGAAUGCUUGGGUUAAAAUGAAGCAAUUUAUGAAGGAUGUGUUGGGGAGUUACGACAUAUCUUCGGAAUCAAUGAAGAUUUCUGUAAUGCGAUUUAAUAAGGAUGUGGACACCGACAAUAUUAUUCAUAUGGAUGACUAUUUGAAUAAAAAAUCUGAAUUCUGGUAUAAAUUUGAUAGACUGCCUCAUGGUGGAAAAGGAUCAAAUACUGGCAAAGCAAUUCGGUACCUUGUCAACAACAUGAUGAACAAAGAAUCUGGUAAUCGCAUCAAUGUACUGGACGUUGUUUAUUUAUUCUCUUCAGGAAAAUUUGAUGAUGAUGUUUCUGAAGCAUCGAGGGAAUUACGAGAAAGCGGAGCGUUUGUAAGUUUUGUUUUGUCAAAGGAAAAUACCACAAAAUCAAUACGUAUUCGUUGCAUGGAGUUAAAAGUUAAAUCCCUAAACCUGUCACAUCGGUAUGAAAAUCCUACGUGUUUCCAGUUUUAUGAUAAUAGACAAUAA